AUGGGUGAAGGCAACCAAAGGUACAUUGUGCAAGUUUUUGUGGGUGCUUUAUCACAAUGCUAUGAAGCACUCAGUGUAGAAGCUAGCAAGCAAACUACUUCUGAUGAGAUUGUCAGUUGUAUAGUAGAGCGACUUUCUUUAUCAGGAGGUUGUGGAACAAGUUAUACUGGUACAUUUGAGUUGGCUGAAGUUGUUGGUGACGCUCUUGGACGAGAAUGUAAAGAGCGCAGACUUGGGCCUACAGAAUGUCCUGUAGCUGUUAUGCUUUUAUGGCCUCAACCUCGAAGACACACACAACAAGAAGAAUAUUAUAGGUAUUUAUAAAAUAAAGUUAUUUCAACAUUUAAUUACAUUUACUUAUUAUAAUUUCCAGGUUUUAUUUAAGAGAAAAACUAUCUGAUAGCUUGUGGGCUGAUGGAUUCACCAUGGAUCCACAACUCAUACGGGACUAUUUUUAUAGAUUUCUUUAUCAACCCCAAGAUCGAGAAUAUCCAGAUCUUUGUCAACUUCCUGAUCUCAAUGAACAAACUCUUUUGGAUAAUUUAAGAGCUAGAUUUUUAGCUGGUCAUAUAUAUACAUAUGUUGGUUCCAUUUUAAUUGCAGUUAAUCCUUUUAAGGUAAUAUUCAAUAAGAAUUAACCUUCCACGGCAAAAGUUAUUUUAUAUAAAGUAUAAAAAUAAAACAAUGACAUUAUUUCUUUUGUUAGUUUCAUCCCAUUUAUAAUCCAAAAUAUGUAAAAUUGUAUCAAAAUCGAAGACUUGGCCCAGAGCUCCCUCCUCAUAUAUUUGCCAUUGCUGAUGCUGCAUAUCAUUGUAUGCUGAGAGAAAGACGCAAUCAGUGUAUUGUAAUAAGUGGAGAAAGUGGUAGUGGAAAAACGGAAUCUACUAAUUUUCUUCUACAUCAUCUUACUGCUCUUAGUCAAAAAGGUAGCCAUGGCAGUGGUGUAGAACAAACUAUACUUAGUGCUGGUCCAGUAUUAGAGGUAUAUUUAAUUUUACAAUAUUUAAUAUGUCAUUUUUUUUUUAAUAAUAUUAUUCUCAAUACUUAAAAAACAAUUGUAUUUCUUUUCUUAGGCUUUUGGUAAUGCUAAGACUGCUCAUAAUAAUAACUCAAGUAGAUUUGGUAAAUUUAUACAAGUUAAUUAUAAAGAAAAUGGAAUGGUCCAUGGGUAUGUGAUUUAAAAUAAUUAUGUAUGUUUUUAACUUAUAAAAAGUAGUAAAUGAAUGUUCAAAUUAUAUUUCAAUUUAUUUCAAACAAUUAAAUUAAACUUAUAAACUAUAGGUAAUUUAUACAUUUUUAAAAUUUGUUUAGCGCGGUUGUUCAAAAGUAUCUUUUAGAGAAGUCCAGAAUUUGUUCUCAGGGACAGAAUGAACGUAAUUACCAUGUAUUUUAUUACUUAUUAAAUGGAGCUAGUGAUACGGAGAAAGAGUCAUUACAUUUACACAGAGUAGAUUAUUAUAAUUAUUUGAAUGGGGUAUGAUCAUUUAAGUUGUUUAAAAAUAUUUAUACAAAGUGAUUAACUAAACAUGCAUACCCCAUUUUUUUGGUUACAUUUUGCAUACAUUCAAAUUCUAAUUUUUGGAAUUUUUAAGUGUAGUUAAAGCCGAUAUUUUCAUAUUUUAGAUUUUUACAACAUUUAAGGAGUAUCCUGUGGUGAUACCAAAUUUGGUUUUUUAAAUGAGAACCUAUAUUGAAAAUUUCAUAAAUAUUAUGAAGUAUUAGUUAAAAUAAAUUUUGGUGUUAACAUUUUUAAUAUCCAUCAACCCAUUAACAAGAUAUUUUACUUUUAAGUUUAGGUAGGGAGAGAGUAGUGAAGCACUAAUAAAAUACUGCACGCUGUGUAGAGGCACAAAUGAUACUUCACUACUCUCCCUCUACCUAAACUUAAAAGUUGAAUAUCUUGUCAACGAGUUGAAAGAAAUCAAAAAUUUUACCAUUAAAAUGUAUUUAAAGUAAUACUCUAUCUAUUUAUGGAAUUUUUAAUGUAGGUUCUCAUUUGAAAAACCAAAGAUACUCUUUAAAUGUUGUGAAAAAUCUAAAUAUAAAAAAAUAUUGGCUUUAACUACACUUACAAACUUCAAAAAUCAAAAUUUAAUCAAAAAAUUGGAUGAGCACGCUUAUUGAAUCACCAUGUUUAUGUUUACAUAUAUAUAUAAUAUUUUGGUCUGUUAUUGACUAAUACUGAAUUUAUAAUAUUUAGAGUGGUUGUUAUACCUUGGGAAAUUUAGAUGAAAAAUAUGAGUUCUCUAGAUUAAAGCAAUCCAUGGAAAUGGUAGGUUUUACUCCAGAGAAACAGCGCAGAUUAUUUGCAGUUCUUUCAGCAGUUUUAUUAUUAGGUAUAUAUAAAUUAUUACAAUUUUAUAAUUAAUUUUAAUUUGAUGUUUUCAAAUUUUUUUUGUCAGGAAAUGUUGAUUUUCAACCUCGAAAAUCUGCAUAUCAUCACGACGAAGCGGUUGCUGUACGUAACCCUGAAAUAGUUUUUUUAAUAUCACAGCUUCUUAGAGUAAAGCAAGAAACAUUGUUAGCAGCUUUAACAGCUAAACGUGCUAAAGCAUCUGGUGAAACUUUGGUUAUUAAUUACAAGUUACCCGAGGUAAUAAGAUAUAAGUAUAUGUACAAUAAAAGUAUAACACCUAAAGAAACUUAUUUAUUUUUAAUAUUAUUAUAAAUAGGCCAUAGCAGCAAGAGAUGCAAUGGCAAAAUGUCUUUAUGGAGCUUUAUUUGAUUGGAUUGUAUUACAAGUAAAUCAUGCAUUGCUUUCAAAAAAAGACACUUUAAGAGAUCACCAAGGAAAUUCAAUUGGAGUUUUAGAUAUAUUUGGAUUUGAAGAUUUUGGUGCUUGCAAUAGGUAAAUAAUAAGAUCGUGGUUUGCUGAUAAUUAUCCAAAUAGUUGCUAUAUGCAAAAAAAAAAAAAUAGUAUUAUCAAAGAUGAUAGUUUUAAAGAAUUCUGAUAAAAUUAUACAUUAGAAGAACAUACUUUAUAUGAUGGGUGGGCCAUUGUUUUAGGUGUGAAUUUGGGAAGAGAUAUAGAGAGGAAUUUAAUUUAUAUUUGUAUGGAACAAGAUUUGGAGUGAAGUUUCUUUUAUACAAAAACGUAAAUUUUCCGAUCUUUUCCAUGUUUUUCCCCAAUUAUUAUAAGAACCACUUGGGAAAUUAAAAAAUGACCUUUUUCUAAUACUAAGUAGAUUAAAUUUACUUUCAAAAAAGGUGCUACACUUGAUACAUUAGAGCAAGAUCAGAAAAUUUGCAGUACAGCAAAAUAAUAAUAAUAAAAGUAAACAUCAUUGUAAAAUCAAAAUAUCCUCUCUAUACCCUGAAUCAUAAAUACAUGAAACUACCUAAAAAUAAAAUAAGCAGUCAUUUUCUUUAUUAUAAUAAAAUAAAUAAUAAUAUAUAUUCCUAGUGAUAAUUGAUAAAUAAUAAUUUAUAAGUUAAAAUAUACAUUGUUUUUAUGUUGUUUUUUUAUUUGUUAAUAAUAAUGUAUUUUUUCAAAUAAUAAAUACAAAUUUUUCUGAUUUGAUACACAUUAUAACAUUUAAUAUCUAUUAAGUUUAUUUUUCCCUUGUUUUAAAUAUAUAAAUCAUUUUUUUUCACACUUAUCAGAGUUUCUAAAAUUCUGAGAAUCUGUCUUAAGGUUAGGGGGGAAAAUAGAGAAUAUAUAUUCAUCAUGUAUUCUUGUUGAUAUGUAAUUAAUGUAUACUUUAUUUAGUUUUGAACAAUUUUGCAUCAACUACGCAAAUGAACAUCUACAAUAUUAUUUUAAUCAACAUGUAUUUAAGUAUGAACAAGAAGAAUACCGCAAAGAAGGAAUUAAAUGGAGUGAUAUAGAUUUUUUAGAUAAUACUGGAUGUUUGCAAAUGAUUGAAGGUAAACCUAAUGGUUUAUUAUGUGUUUUGGAUGAUCAGUGCAAGUAAGUAAUUGUAGUAAAUUCAAUACCCAUUAGUUUUAUAAUUUCUUUAUAUUUUUAUUAUAUCAUUCUUACAUUUUUAGUUUUCCGGGUUCAUCUUGUGAAACAUUAUUACAAAAAUUUAAUUCUGUUCACAAAGAUAACAAAUUUUAUGAAAUGCCACAACGUAAAGAAAAUGCUUUUAUAGUGAGGCAUUAUGCAGGAAGAGUUAAAUAUCAAGUAAUACAUAAAUAUUUUAUGAACUUACAAUUUUAAAUUGAAAAUUGAAUUAUAAAUAAAAAUCUAUGAAUACGAUAUUUUGUGCACACAUUUCUUUUAUUAUACAACUAUAUUAAAAUGUUGUAUACACUAAUUAUUUGUGGCUUAAUUUUUAUUUUAUAACUAAGAUAUUAUGAAAUUAUUCUCCUCGUAAUUAUUUUUUUCUAAACUAUUUGUAUUAAAUGAUAAACAAUUUUAUCAAUAUAUUUAGGUUUUUGAGAUGAGAGAGAAAAAUUUGGAUCUUAUGCGGCAAGAUAUUGUAGGUGUUUUAAAAAAUAGUAGUAUGGCAUUUGUUCGGGAACUUGUUGGUGCAGAUCCAGUUGCAGUGUUUCGCUGGGCAAUUGUAAGAGCAUUUUUUAGAGGUUAUUUUUCAUUUCAAGAAGCAGGUCGUAGACAUCGGCAAAGCAGAGGUAAAUGUAUUUAUUUUUAUUUUAUUGUAAAAUAUUUUUAAAUUUUUUUUAAAUAUACAAACAAAAAAUAAAAAAAUAAUGAUAAUAAUAUUUUAUUACAGUUGAUGGUGUAAAGGCAUCAAGUAUUUCUUUACGUUUCCGAAACAGUGUGCAAAACGAUAGCUUAAUCAGGUAAAUUACAAUUUUUAUUUAAUAAAUAUGUAACCAUUUUAUAAUAAAUAUAUGUAUUAAUUUAUGAAUAAUAUACAUUAUCUAUUUAUAAAUAAUAAUAUAUAAAUAAAUUGGAUAAACAGACGACUAUUUGUUGAAUAUAAUGUCAUGCAUCAAUAUAAAUAUUUUUUUUUUUUAAUUUUAUUAUUAGAAUAUAUAUUUGUUUGUAACAAACAAUUUAAACUAAAUUUUAAUUUUAAAAAUAAAAAAAAAAUUGCAUUUUGAUGUAAUUUUAUUGGAAGACAAUUUUAUUUGUAUAUCUUUCAGAAAAAGUACUACACUUGAAAAUUUGAUCAAAAUUUCUGAUAGAAAAGUUGUCCCCCCUCCCAAAAAAAAAAAAAAAACCAAUAUAUUCCUCGCUUCACUUGGAAUCUAAAACUAAUAAAAAUAGUAUUUUGAUCUUUAUAUUAAAUAAAAUUAAAAUAUUUUUUUAUUAUAUUAAGAAAUAACAAUAUUGUUAUUAUUUAUGUCCUCAAAAUUUUAAUAUUCAAAAUUCAAUUAUUAACUUAUAUUAAUGUUUUAUGCUACGUCCAGUCAUCUAGUAACAAUGUCAUCGGUAAACCUCACCAUAAAUCGUAUAGUGUAAGUUUAGUAAAACAUUUUUUUGUUUAAAAAUUGUUUAAGUAUGAAAUUAUUUGUUGCUUAUUUUGUUUUUUUUUUUUAGUUAGUUUUAUUAAAAUUAAAAUUAUUACACUAAUAUAUAUAUUUUAAUUUAUUAGCCCUGGAUGGUAGUUUGAUUCAAUAAUAUUUUUCGUUGAAAUAUGAUUUUUACACAACAAAUUAGUGAGUUGUUAUUUAACAUAAUAUUUACAGGUACACUCCAAAAUUUCCAAUAAAUUCCACGUCUUAUGGAGGUGGAUAUGUAAUUAAUGUGGGUAAAAAAUUGGCAUCCAAUCCUAACAAUGAACAAAAUGUGUAUAAAAAUAAUUCAGCCUUCAAUAAAUUUACCAACUUAGAAAUUGUUAAUUCUAAUAAAAAUAUUAAUAAAGAAGAUAUAAAAACUCGUGCCAAUUGUAAAUCUACUGAUGAAGAUAAAGUCAUUGAACGAGCUACACAAAUUGUUAUGUAUGUUUCCAAAAAUUUAAAAACAAUAAAUCUGGUGUAUGGAUGGUUUCAACAAUUUUUAUAAACUAGAAAAUGGGAAACUAUUAUUUCAUCUCUAUUUUGCAAUAAAUAAAUAAUACCUUAAUGUGAUUCUAAUAACCUUAACAUUGUAAAUAUAUUUGUUUAACAUAUCUUCCUAAGUAUAGUUUAUAAAGCAUGGUGUAUAGUUAAUUUGUAUUAUUUCAAUUUGUGCAUGGUUCUCAAUCAUAUUUUAUAAAAAAAAAAAAGUAUUUAUCUGAUAAAAAUUGUAAUUUAUGUGUUUUUGUAUUAUUUAAAUUUGUAUUUAUUAUUAAAUAAUUUUAGUAUCAAUGUUUUAAAUAUUAUAACCAUCAAUUAAAAUUAUGAUUGAGGAAAACAAAUGUUUCAUUAUUUAACUAUUAUUUAUUUAUAAAUAUAAAUUUAAACUUUAAUGCAUCUUUUUCAUUUGGUUUAGUGCUUUUAAUUUAAUUUUAAUCUUUUACUAACAACUUUGUUUAAUUGUAAGCAUAAUUAAUUUACUAUUUUUUUUUUUUUUUUUUUAAUAUUGUUUUCUCUUGAAUUAUUUUUAAAGAAACAUUUUUUAAUUAAAUGGCUAUUUAUGUUACAGGAAAAAUAAAUCUUUCAGACCCAAAGACCGAGGUAAUAAAGGAUUAAAAAAUCUCCAAAGUGUAAAAACACUCGCUGGACGAAUACAAAUACAGGGUUCUAUUAGUAGUAAAGCCCGUAAACAACCACUUACUGUAACAGCUCAGUUUCAAAUGUCUUUAAACAGUCUUAUGGAUACACUUAAUCAAGCUAAUCCAUUUUUUAUUCGCUGUAUUAAAAGCAAUAGUAAUAAAGUGAGUUUUGUAUUUUUCAAUGUUAUUUUAUGUAUCAUUUUAAUAUUAAUGUUUUUCUAGGUUGCAAAUAUGUUUGAUCAUGAUACCGUUCAGAGACAAUUACGUUAUACAGGAAUGUUAGAAACCGUUAGAAUUCGUCAAGCUGGAUAUAAUGUACGACUUAGUUAUGAAGAAUUUAUUCAGCUUUAUCGAAUAUUAUUACCUAAAGGACUUAAUAGGUAAAAUAUUCAUACAAAAUUUUUUUUUUAAAAAAAACUAAAUUAUCAAAUUUUAUAAUUGAUUAUAUGUUACAGUAAUUCUCAAGAUGUUAGAAAUUUUUUGCAAACAUUAAAUUUAGAUAGAGAUAAUUAUCAAAUUGGUGAAUCGAAGGUAUUUUUACGCGAGUGUGAAAAACUAAAAUUAGAUUAUAGACUACACCAACAAAUAAUGGCAAGUAUUGUGACUAUCCAACGUUGGUUUCGUACACUGUUGCAACGAAGACAAUACCUCAGAAUUACUUGGGCUACAGAAACAUUACAAGUAUUGAUUUAUAAUAUUUAGUUUAAAAAUUUGGAUAUAAUAUAUUUAUUAUUUAUUCUGUUAUAGUCUUGGUGGAGAAUGAUAUUAGCUCAAAGAUUAGUAAACAAAAUGAGGAUGGACGAAUCAGCUGCCAUUUAUAUACAAUCUGCAUGGCGAAAACAUCGUGUAUCGAAUUGGUACAAAAAUUUACGAAGAAGUGUUAUUACAUUACAAGCUCAUUCCCGUGGUUAUUUAGCAAGGAAAAAAUUUUCAAAAAUAAAAAAUUCAGUAAGUAAAUUUUUCAAAGCUUCAUUAUUAUUAUUUAUUUUUAAUUAAACAUUAUAUUUUAGAAAAAGAGUAUUUCAGUACCACAAAUUAACAACUCUAAAGAAUCUAGUCAAGAAGAACUACAUGAUUCUGAGUAAAUAUUUAAAUUUAUUAAAUAUAUUUAUAAUUAUUAUUUAAUAAAAAUUAAAUGAUCUGAGACAUAUCUGUUUUUUUCAUAGAAGUAGUGGAGGAGCAAAAGGUGAUAGUGAAUCAGAAGCUGAUCCAUUUGUACAAACUAAGACAACUAAUAAUAUUAAGUAUGACAUUCUCCAAUUUAAGUCAACAAUUUAAUUUUUAAAUUUUAAAUUUUAUUUUGUAUAUAGAGAUGAUCAAUUUAAAGCCCCUAAAAGAAAAGUUUCGGCUCGUCGUCUGAGAAUAGAAUCUCAUCCAACUGAUGUACAUAAAGGUAUUUAUAAUUAUCAAUAUAAUAAUUAGGAUACGUAACUAUUUUUUUAAAAUCUUAUGUCAUUAAUAGUUACUUUUGAAUAAAGCUCAGAAUCAAAAUUUGGCUCAUGUUAAUUUUUUUUUGUAUUGUUUUGGGUAUUGAACAGAACAUAACCUAAUAUACAUAACUGCCUUAAAAUAUCUUUCAUGAUCUCUAAAAAGAGGAGGAAUAAAACUAAUAAUAUUCCUCUUCAUUGUUUCAAGACAAUAUAAUACAUUAUUUACUGUAGGUUUCUACUUUUAAUAUUUUGUUUAGAUGUUUAGAAUGUAAAAACAAAAAAGUUGCUCACACUUUGUAAAUAGCUUUAAGCAACUUGUAUGUUAUAUUUAUUUUCAAAACAUCUAACAUCAUUACAAAGAGUUAAUUUCAGCUUUCUAUAAUGUUAGUCGAUAUUGAAUUGAAUUUGAAUGUAAAUAAGUGUUCUAAAAUAUUAUAUUCUUAAUAAAUAAUUUGUAUUGUAUGUUUGAAACUGUGUAGAGCGUUCUAGCAAAACUGAUGGUCCUGUAAAUGAAGGAACAGCAUUUAGUGAUAGUGAGUUGGAUGACACUCAUUUGAAACAACAACCAGUGGUUUGGAAACGAAGAGAACGAACUAGUGACACAUCAAACAAACGAACUUUAUUGACUAGAACUCCACACGUUACUUCAGAGCCAAUUGCUCCUGUUCGUUUAUUGAAUCGAUUACGUGUUUCUAAUACUGAACCAGCUCCAGAGUAAGAAUAAAACUAUUUCAAUAGCAUUCACAAUACAUUAAAUUAAUUUUAAUUUAAAGAGAAAUUGCUUAUUUUAUGAUUUGAAAAUCUCAAAAUGCAUUUUUAACAAUAUUAAUAAUAACUUUUAAUUUGAAUAAAAAAAUUAUAAUCAGUUUUUUUUUUCUAUAGAACUUCUAUAACAAAUGAGAAAGAAUUAAAAAGAAGAAACAGUGAUGGUUCAACUACACAUGCAGGAAAAGCUGAAGAACCUAAAUUAACAUAUUCACCAUCUUUUGAACUUUUAGAAUGGAAAGGUACUACUAUGUUUACAAUAGCUGGACAUCGUUUUAGAAAAUUAGGACGAUUUACUCCCCAAGAUAAAUGUACUUAUUGCAAUAAAUUGAUGGAUGCAUUUUUAACUCAAGGACACAAAUGUUCGGGUAAAUAUUGGUAUUUUACAAAUACACCUUAUACCUAUUCUUAUUAUGUAAAUGUAGAUACGUUUUGUUAAUGUUAAAAUUCUCUACUUGCAUAUUUUUUUUCAAUUUUUAUGUUUUCUGUACACGUUUUAAUGUGAUAUAUAUUAUAUAUCAUAUUAGUGUUGGUCAUUAAUAUAAUUUUAUUUAUUGAUAUAUUUUUUAGUUUGCUGUUCAAAACAAUAAAUCUAAUUUUUUUAAAUUUUUAAAAUGUUAUAUACAAAUGUCUAUUUACUAUGUUUAUUAUUAAUAAGUAAUAAAUUAUUACUUAUUUAUAACUAAUAAAGUAAUAAAUAUGAAAUAUUAAUGUGUAUUUUAUUACUUAUUAUUUAGUUAUAAUAAUAUCAAAACUUAUCUAAAAAAAAAAAAAUGAUAUUGAUAUCGUUGAACAACAAUAUAUAUUAUAUAUAUCGGUGGUGACACAGCAAAAGGGUAUAAGCAACUCAAUUUUAUAGAUAGUUUUCAGGAGAGUAAAAAAACAUUUAUUUGUGAUUUUAACAUUAUUAUUUUUGUUGGUUGAAAUAGAGAAUUUUUCCAUUGAAUACUUUUUUUUUGUUAACCUCCUUAAUAUGAAUACACAUUGUUGAUUAGCUUCUAUUGUCGUUUAGAUCCUAUAUUAAAGAAGACAAUCUUUAAAUAAUGGUCACAGUUAUUUUUGGGCAAGCGCAAUGCACAAACCGAGUAUUUCUUCAUCCAAUAGUAAAGCAUUGUCGCUUAGACCCUUGUCACCAUUGAUAUUAAAUUCUUAUUAAGUUAAAUUUUCAAUUGCCUAAACAAUAAUUUAUUUUUAAUUUUUAAUUGUUUAACAGAUAUCAAAAAAAAAAAAAAAAAUCUGUAUGAAUCAUCAGAAACAUUUGAUAAAAAAUUAAUUUUAUUAUUUUACAGAUUGUAAAAAAUUAUUUCAUACUAAAUGUAUCCAAAAUGGUGGUGUACUACAAAUGCCAUGUAUACAACAGAAUGGAGGUAAUCGACCUACAAAUAGACGGAAACCUAGAAAGCCUGUAUCUGCUGGCAACAAAGCUCAUAUAACACCAAACAUAGCGAAUAAUCAAAAUAAUACUACCAUAGGAAAAUUUAGUUUAACUGGUACAUCAGAAUUUACAGAUCGUACUGACAAGAUUAUUUCUGAUGUGAGAGAAUUGAAAAUGAUGCAAGAUUUUAUAACCAAAAAGGUGAGUUACUAUUUUUUUUUUAUUCAAAUAUUAUUUAUAAUAGAUACUUUAACUAUUAAUAUUUGAAUAUUCUGUUAUCGAAAAAUCAAUAUUGUGUUUAAUGCAAAUAUAAUUGUAUUUAAUACACACUACGUUUAAUAAAACAAUAGCUAAACAGCAAUUGUUUAGUAUUAUACUUUUCAAUAUCUAAUUGAAAAUUAGGCUAGACAAAUAAACUAAAUAAAUGUAGCUAGAUUAAAGUUAAUGCAUAAGUAAACAAAUUUUGUCACUUUUGCCUAAAAAAAAGCAAUGUAGUUUUAAUAUUUGUCUUGGAUACAGGACAUAGCAAUUGAUAUAUUUGGUAUUCUUUUGGAUUCAUAGCAGAGUAGAAUCUAUUGAUUUUACUACAAAGUGUUUUUUUUCUGUCUUUAAACAGAAAAUUUCUCCAAUCGAAAAAUGACAAGAGACCUUGUUGUAUUUUGGAUUUAGUUGAUGAAUUAGAGAAUGUUAUUUUUUGAAUUUCUUGGUAGUUUUAAAAAUAAUUGAACAAAAAUGUGACAAAAACAUAAAUUUAUUUUCAAUCUGUUUUAAUUAAUUUCUGCCUCUUUCAAUCCCUAACUUUGAAUGGAUUUGCACGCCCACUUAUUAAUUACCACGUGAUGUCAACUUUUCUCCUAAUAAUAUUCUUCUAGCACUUUCCAAAAAUAAAAAACGUAAAUUCAACUGAGCCAGACAGUAUUCCUUCGACCUUACUUAAGACUGUCACUACUCACUCAUGUAUCCAAUCCAUCUCUUCAACAGGUGCUCCAUGGAUGAGGGAACCUUCCCAAAUAUUUGGAAAAUUUAUUCUGUGACACCCAUUCUUAAAUCAGGGGACCCAUCAAAUGUUGCUAACUGAUCUAUUACCAUUCUUCCCCAUUUUCUGAAUUGUUUGCAAAAAUAGUCCUCCCUAAAACCAAGUGAAGUCUCAAUCACAUUAUUAUUGACCAACAACAUGGUUUCCAACCAGAUAAAUCUACAAUUACAAGUUUCCACAACCAACAUUUUAGACAGUACUAGGGAUCAGUUGAAUGUAAUUUUUACUGAUUUUAGAAAAGUGUUUGAUACCAUUGAUCAUGGUCUCCUAAUCAAACUCAAAAACUUUGGUAUCAAUAAUCCUCUUCUAUCAUGGAUUAAGUCAUGUACCUCCAGAACUUAAUUUGUAAAAAUUAAUAGUUUAUCUCUUGAUAAAUGUGCUGUUACGUCUGGUUUUCCUCAAGGUGACUAGCCUCUUGCUAAUUAUUCUUUUUAUAAAUUAAAUUGGUAAAUGAAUAACGAAGACAAAACUGCUUCUAUUUGCAGAUGACAUCAAGAUCUUUUUAAAAAUGUCUUCCUCUGCAGAUUGCUUAAUACUUAAAUCUGAGCUUUAUAGUUGGGUUACUCAUCUCAGACUGAAAUUUAAUUUAGAUAAAUGUAACAUUAUGUCCUUCAGAAGGAGUAGAUCUCCAUUUCAACAUAGUUACUCUUUGAGUAGUACUAUACUCCAUCAAGUGGCUUGCAUCAAAUAUCUAGUAAUUCUCUACACUCCCCCCUAAAUUUCGAGUAGCACAUUAAUGCUAAAGCUUUAAAAGUAUUAGGGUUUAUUAAGCGCAAUAUAAUAAAUUUUAACUCUGCUAACUACCUCUGUGCUCUCUAUUUAGUAGCCUUGGUCCGUUCAAUCUUAGAGUUGAGAUAGUGUGGCACCCUUAGCCUGCAAUGAAUGGACUAGUUAGGGUUGGAACGUGUCCAGAACAAAUUUUUGUUGUAUGCUUUAUUCGUUCUUAAGCUUCAGCAUCAUCCACACAACUAUUUUCUUAUGGUUGAUAUUUCCUACUCUAUCCACCAGGCACUUUGAUGCCUAUUUAAACUUUAUUUCUUCCCUUCUUUAUGGAUCCAUAGAUUCUCCAGACCUUUCCUUGAUUUUCUACUGCAUUCUUUCCUUUAACACUAAAAGCUACCAGCUAUUUGCUAUACCAACCUACUUAACUUCAUAUUGACAUAACUACCCAAUUCAUAGAAUGCUACGAUUAGUUAACCAAUCAAUAAUUUAAUCUUAUGUUUUAUAGUAAGUAAACUUUUUUUACCACUGUGUAUUUUUAUUCUCGUCUUGUCAUUUACCAAUUAUUUAAAUUGCCUGUCUAGGUGUUAAAAAUUAUUAUAAAUAAAUAAUUAAGUAUAGAAUUGAAACAACAAGAAAGUUUAUAGAAUUAGUGGUUUUAUUAUUUUCAAUGUUAUAGUUUGUUGUAAUUCCAUUAAAAAUAUUUAUAGACUUAAAAUUUUGACAGGAAACUUAUAUUAGUCUUCUCUUGGCGUGGUAUUAUAUACAAAAUGUUUUGAAGAUUUUUGAGUUAUUUUUAAACAUUUUAUGUUUGUGGGUUAUUUUAUAUAGUUUUUGUUUGGUUGGCAUUAUGUAGGUAAAAUUAUUUGAUCAAACUGAAAUGCUUGAAAAUUGUAUAAGAGCUUCAUUAUGUAUUAUAGUAUUCAAAAAAAGUAAUGGAAUCUAGUAAAUUUUUUUUUGUAAUGAUUUUAAGAUCAAUUUUUGAUAAAAAAUCAUAAACAUUACUGCCUUUAAAAUUAUAUAUAGUUAAACUUUGCUAAGAUUCGGUUUUUGCUAGCAAUGGGUUUUUCCCAACUUUCUGUCUAUAAUAGUAACACACCCAUCAGCUGUAUCAGAUUAUUUUGUGUGUGGAUUAGGUUGAAUUUCAAUAUGACUUUAGCUAAAAUGAGCUAAAUGAGUUUUAGCUUUAAACCCAUUAAAAACCCUCCUAAUGAAAAUGUGAUGUCAUUUUUACUAUACGUAUAGUGCUGGUAUCAACUAUGUGUCUUUUUCUUCGGUUUCAACUUUUAAUUCUCACCUCUACAAAUUUUUUGCUCUAAUUUUACCCUUUUUUAGAAAGUGGUAUUGGAAGAUGUUAAAUUUAAGUACGCACUGUGGUUUUAAAAAUAUUUACUUAUUGAACUAGAACACUCACUGCAAUAUCAACUUAAAUGUAUUUCGCUUAUCAUCGCUAAAUAUUAUAGUGUCCAUCGGAUAAAACAGAUAUGAUAGACACACAAUUUAUGUAAAAAAUAAAAAUAAUGAAAAUUUGUUUUUGUGGUUAUUAGAAGGCUUUCUAAAAAUAAAUUUGAUUGGAAAUGGUCUAAUUUGAAAACACUGAAUUUAAAUUGCUUGCCCAGUUCUUGGUAUCAUUUUUGGAUGCCGCUCGAAACUAACAUUUCCCAAUAUUAUUAUAUUACUAUAAUAUUCUGUGAGUUAUUGUUUUAUAAAAAAAUAUCUCUUUAAUACAAAAUUAUUAGAAGAAAAUUUGACUCUAAUAACAGAGAUCUGCUGCUUAUGAGUGUUUUUAUUUUGAAAGAUAAAAAUAUCUAUGUGAUUCGUUGUUUAAGUAUUUAUUAUAUUAUUUAUUACUUAAUAAUAUUGCAAACAAUCUAUUGGGUAAACUAUAUUUUAGAUAAAUACUAAAUAUUGAACAUAAUUAAUCCUAUUGUUGUAACUAGAAAUUAAAUAUUAUGAAUAUAGCUUAAAAUACUGAUGUAAGAUACAUUAGAUUAGUUUCCAAUUUAAACACAUUAUUUGUAAAAAUACAGUUAUAAAAUAAUAAAUUACUGUAUUAUGAUAUUUUGGAUGAUAUAUUUAAAUUAAAUUGUAUAUUUUUAUAAUAAUCAUCUGAAUGAAUACAUUUUCUUAAAUCAAUAUAAUUAUUUGUUUUAACUACAUACAAAAUAGGUAAUAAAAAUUACAUAUUUCUUAUAAUUAUCUGAAUCAACUAAUAUUUAAUACAAAUUUUAAUUAUUGAAUUGUGUGUACAAAGAAAAUAAAUUGCUUACAUGAGUAAUUUAAAAAUGAUGCAUAUUCAAUAUAACAUAUACUAUCAUUAUUAUAUUUAUGAUAACUCCUGAUAUAAAGCAAAUUGCCCUUGUAGGUUGGGGUAGUACAAAUACAGCAUAAGAGAUUGUAUGCAUUAUUCUCACAAAAGUAUAUAUUCUGAACAAAUUGUUUGCUAACAUUUCUGAAGGAUUACUGGCCACUAAAAGUAACCCUGUGAUCAAAAAUAUAGGAAUAUUUUCCAAAUCGUUCAAGUGUGCUCUAAAAUAAACAAUAACCAAAACCAAAUUUAUUAAUUAAUUAUUUAUAUGCCGUUUGAUAACAUAUUUAAUCUAUUACUUUACCUUCUUACUCUUUCAACAUCAGGAUCAUCAUAUUUAAUUUCAGCUCCAGGCCUUAGUACAGCAUCUUCAGGACUUAUGAACACCUGUUAAUUCAAUUUAUUCAUCAAAUAAACAAAUUAAAAUUGGAUCAUUUAGUAAAAAUUAUAUUAAUUUAUCAUGAUUAGGUAUAUUUAGUAGGGAUUAUUAAUUGUUAUUAUAAUGAAUUAAUGAAAACAUACACAUUUAAUAAUAAUGUGUAAAUUGCCAGUUAAUAUUUUUUUUCUAUUUGAAAAUUAGUCCCAAAUUACAUCAUUUUUUAUCAAAAUUGACUUGUUUAAAAAAAAUACUAACAUACUUUGCAUGAUUGGUAGGCCACUGUUGUAGGUGAGAAAUUGGAAACAUAGGAUAUAAAGGGAAAUUUAAUUUGAAUGCAACGAUAAACCAUUGCUAAUGAAAAACAGCUCUGAUUGAAGUUUCUUUUAUGCAUGCACUUAAAUUUUUCAGUUUUUCAUGCUUAUUUGACAACUAUUAUGAAAAACCAUUGGAAAAUUUAAAAAAUUACCAAUCUUUAGUACCACCCAGAUAAAAUGUCCUUACAGAAAAGGUAAUAUACUUAAAAAUUGAUGCAAGAUUACCAGUAAUCUUGUACCAAUAAUCCAGUAAUCACUGGUAGUAAAGUUGUUCACAGAUUAAAAAAUUAUAAACAUAAUUGUAAAAUCAAUAUAUACCUCAAUACGUUCCGAAUCUAAAAUGUGUUGAAUAUUGCACAAUAUUAAUUUCCAGCGAGUUGAUAUUAUUAUUAUUAUUAUAAUUAUUGAUUUAAAAGCUUUAAAUUGCACUUUUUUUAAUUAAUGUUAAUGUUUCAUUAUAUUUUUAGGAAAAUUGAUACAUUUUGUAUCUUUAAAUAAUAGUUUUGUACUAUAAUGAAUCUAAAAAUUAUUAGUUUUGAAACUAAUUCUUAGAAAGUAGUUAGAUGGAGCGUAAACAAAUUGAUAAAAUCAAAAUUAAUUUAUUAAGCUCUCAGAUUAUUCUUAAAUUCACGUUUUAUAUAUAUGUAGUGAAAUAUAAAUUACAAUUUGAUAUUACUAUACAAAUGUAUAAAUAUUAAAAAAUAAUAUUAUAUUAAUCCAUGCAAAAAUUAUUAUUCGAGAUAAUUAUGAAGUCAUUGUGUUAAAAAUGAAUAUUUAAAAAGAUCAUUGGAUUUCAAUAGAUUGAUUUUUAAGACUAUUUAAAAACAAUUAAUAAAAAUAUUAUAAACAGAAAAUAUUGAUAAAAUUUAAAACAAAUAUUUUUAGAUUCUGAGUAGAACAAGAAAUGUAUUAGUUUUAACAAUAAUGUUAAUUAUUUUUUAUUUUUUUUUUAUCUAAACAACUUUUCUCCCAGCAUUUUGCUCUGAUUUAUAAUAAUAACACUUGUUCUGAAAGCAAAUCUAACUAGGCAAUACUUUAAUAAUGUAAAAUUUUGAUUUUCCCUGGAGUUUUCUCAAUAAAAGGAUAAAAAUGAAAAAAUAGGUACCAUAUUAAAUAAAUACUACUAAAGAAAAUGUUUAAUGUUUAUGUAAUUAUUUUACCAUAAUAUGACAUAAAUAUUGUUGACAUAGCAACACUUUCAACCAAACUCCACUCAGAAUUGUUUUUUUUGUUAGCAAUGGUAUGUACACAUAUACAUUUUAAUUUUCUCCUCUACUGCCUUUCCAACUUCUCACCUACAACAGUGGUCCACUCACAUACAUAGUAUGUCUGUCUUUUUAGUUUUAGAAACACUUAUAUAGAAUGACAUUUAGUUGUGUUAUUUAUAAUACUCUCCAAUAACUACCUAUUUAUUCUUAAUGUUAACAUCUUUUCAAAAUUAUUCAAGUGUUUAUUGACUAAAUAGUACUAUUUCUGAAAUCAUUAAUCAUAAUCAUUACAUACAUUUACCUGUUUUCCAUAUAUAGGGCUUAUUAUUUUAUAAAUUUAAUAUAAUUUUAAGGUAAUGAUGAACCAUUAUGUUUCUUUCUUUAAAAUGUAUUUUUUAGUUGUUAUUUGAGUCAUUAUAUAGAUGCCAUGAACAAUGUUGACUAAUUUUGAACUAAAAUUAAAACUAAGUAAUUUUUGGAAUGUAAUGACUUUAUUAUUGUUGAUUUCUAUCUAUCUAUAAUAGUUGAUGCCCAUAAUAUCUGCAAACAAUUUAUGUUAUAAAUUAAAGUUUUAAUUUGUGCUUUUUAAGUCUCUAUUGUCAUUAAUUAUUAUCAAUAUUUUUGAAUGCAUCAUUAUUUCAUAGAUUUUAUAGAAAACUCUUCAAUUAAAAAGAUUAAUAUUUAAAAAUUGUAAUUUUUUUAUUGAAAACAAUUUUCAUUUAAUUAAUGUAAUUAAUGUUUUCCUAUACCAGAUAUUUUUUGGGAAACAUUUUAGUUAAUUUUCUUUUUCUUGACUAUUAUUAAAUAAUUUUGUAUGUAAAUCUAUAGCAAAUAUAUUUAUCAAGUUUUAUUAUAUAUUUAUUUUGAAAACAUAUAUAUAUUUAUAUUAUGCUAAUGUAUCUUACUUUUUUUCUCAUUCGCUGAAGUACAGUUAAGAAAGACAUAACAAUCAUUUUUAAAAUAAGAAUACUACCAUAAAAUGCAUAACAUUCGAAUACUGGAUUUGACAUUGUCAACAAUCCCAUUGUAAUAGAAUCUGACAUUUUAUAAAAAAUAUUUUGGUAUUUGUUAAUAAUAAACUGGUAAAUUAUAUAAUAACAAUGCGUAGUGAUACAAUAUAUUUGAAUGCAGAAUAAGAAUGUUCCUGACUGUUGAACACCACACAGCACACUACCGCUUUUUAUAAUAACAACCUAUCCACAACUGUUUAGUUGACCCUCCCACUGACAGACGAUAGACAUUUUGCUCUAGUAAUUUAAGUUUUAUACUAUAUAAUUUGAACUAUCAUGAAUAAUAUUUGUUUUUUUAUUAUUAUUUAUUUAUUUAUAAUGAUAAUAUAAGUACAGUAAUAAUAUUUGGUAGGAGCUAAAUACUAGAAAACUUACUUCAAUUAUUAAUUAUUAACUUCAGGGAUGGUUCUGGUAUAUAAUUUUGGCUAGUUGGAGAAUUGAGGAGAUCAUCAUUUGAUUUAUUUUUCCUGUAUUUUUUGUAAUAGUUGAAAAAAACAGAAAACAAUUACGCAAUAAAAGGUAAAUGUUAUUGUUAUUUCCAAUAUUUUGUUAUUCGGUUAAAAUUGUCUUAAUUUACUUUUAUUAGGCUUUUCUAGAAGUAAUAAAAUCUUAUAAUAUUGUGAUGGUUAUUAGCUAUUUAAAGCCAUUCAAAAUUAUUGAGUAUGUUAGUUAUGAUUUAUGUAGAUUAAAUUAUUUUGACUCAUCAAAAAUGCUUGAAAAUUUAACACUAUGGGGUUUAUUCAAAUUGCAUUUAGAAAAAAAGUUACUGCUGAUGGAUAUGCCAUUGUUCUAGAUAGUAUAAAAUAGAAAAGGUAGGAUAUAUAGAGUAAUUUAAUUUGUAUAAUAUGUAUGAAAUGAUAAAUGCUCAUGAAAAAUGAUUCUAAACAAAGUUCGGUUAAGUAUGUUUAAAAAUUCCUCAAUUUAUAAGAUUUCCAUGAAACUUUUUAAACGCUUUAAAAAAAAAUAAUAAUAUUUCUGGUACAAUAGUUAUUACCAGACCAAAGAAAAACACAUAAUUAAACCAAUAUAUAACUCGAUGUACUCAAAAUCUAAAACAUAAAUGGAAACAUUGCUAUAUAAAUAUAAUUUGUUAGUAUUAAUAUUGAUGGUUAGUGACUAGUUUUCUAGUGACUAGUAGAUGUUGGUCCACAUCUAUUCACUCCAGCAUGUAAUACUGUUAUAGGUAUACAGUUAUUAAUGUAUGCCAUUAUGCAAUAGAGAAAGUUGUAAUAUAAAAUUAAGUAAAAUGUAUAUGAUGUUUUUCUGUUAUGGCAAAUGUGUAUAUUUGAGUAUAUAUUGAGUCAUAUAUAAUAAUAAAAUAUAAUUAUAGUGUUUUUAAACAUCCAGAAGUUUUGUUAGCCUUGCGUGUUUUUUUUUUUUAUUUAGUUAUUGAUUUUUUAAUCAAAUAUUCCAUCGAUUUCCAGUAAAUAAUUUAAUAUUUUAUGUUCAAAAUCUAAAUGUAGGACAUAUUAAUAAUUAGUAUAAAAAAAAUCACUAAGUUUUAAACUCUGGUCAUUGUAGGAAAGGUGUUAAUUUUUCAAUUUGCUUUUGUUAUUGUAAUUUGUGUAGUUAAUUGCAUUAUAUUAUAAUGUUUUUAUUGUUAAAUAAAUAAAUAAAUUAGUUAUUACAUAUCAUAAUGGAUAUUAUAAAAUCAAUGUUUCUUCUUAAAUAUAAUAUUUAUAUGUGUUGUUUCUAUUAUUUUAUUUGUUAAAUAUCUAAAUUUAUUUUCUUUAAAAAUGUAUUUAUACAUUUUCGAGUUAUAAAGCCUGGUAAUAUAUAUACCAGUAAUUUAAUAAUAUUCUAAUUUUAGAUUUUUAAAUUCUGAGUGUUGUGAAGAAUGUAUUGUUUUUACAAGCAUGAUACUUUAUGAAGGUCAUUUUUUGAUUUUCAUAAUAUGUGAGAAAAACUCAAGAUAAAGUGUAAAAAAAAAAAAAAUUGGAAAAUUCACAAAAAUAAUGCCUUUAUUAUUUUCAAUUUUAUUUUUUAUUGCAGUUUACCUAAAAAUAUUCAUAGAAACUUAAAAUUUGAACAAAAAUUAAUAUUUGCCUUUUCUAAAUAUGAUAAAAUUUUCAAAAUAUUUAAGCCAUUUUUUGAGCUACUUAUAGAAAUGUUUAUUUUUCCUUAAAAUUCACUUUAAAUAUUAUUAUGAAAUUUAAAAUUAGAUUCAAAACUUAUAUUUUAUUUUUUUUAUAGACGUGGUCAAAUUCUCAAAAUUUGUUGACUAUUUAUAAACAUUUUAAGGUUCAUUAAAGUCGUACUUUGUGGUCAACAAGAAAAAGUUAAGUUUAAUUAGUUUUUUUUUUCUAAGGAAUUUUAAUAUCAAAUUUUGACAAAUCAAAUGACAAUACAAAUCUAGUUACUGGUCCAUGCAAAUUUUCAAUUUUAUUGUUUUGAACAUAUGUAUAUUGUCAAUUUAAGAAUGUUAGUUAAGUCAGAAUUGAGGGGACUGACUGAGUUUCGAACUUUUUAAAGUUCUGAUAUUGAAUGUGUUAUAUUUAAUAACUCAAUAUUUUCAAUUUUAUGGUAUUUCUGUCAUAGACUAGUAGUUGUACAUACCUGUUAUCAUCCCAGAGAUUGCAAGUUCAAACCCGAGUUCUAAAACCAAGUUGGGUAGAUAACAGGGAAUAAACAAAUGCAACAAAUACAUCACAAUAUGUGUUUAUUGUGUAAUUCAUUGUAUUCAAUGUAUAUUUAUUCUACUACAAUAUGGCAUAAACAUUGUUGGAAAAGCAAUACUAUUAACUGAGUUACGUUCAGAAUUGUUUUUUGUUAGCAAUGAUUAAUUACAACAGUGGUUCACCAAUCACGAAAAGUAUAAGUAUGUCAGUCUUUUUUUUGUUAAUUUCUGGGUUCUCUUGGCAACAAUAUAAAAAACACGACUAAUAUUACUCCACUUGUAAGCAUGAAAAAUACAAAUCUUUUUACUCUUCAUAGUAAAAAUAAAACAUUAAUUAAAUUUAUUCUUAUUAUCUCAUAAUAGAAUUAAUGUUAGUACAUUCAAAAUAUGUGUAUCAGUAUAAGUGAUAAUAUUUCAACGCAAAAAAUUCAUUUUAAAUUUUAAAAACUCAAAACUGUGUGCAUAAUAUUAAUUAUAAAAUAAAUUUAAUAUUUUUAAUAAUUACUAUUUUAAUAGUUUUAUAGUUUUUCAAAUAAUUAAUAAAUUAAAUUGUAUACAUAUUAUGUAUUUAGAGACUGGCUCUCAUGGAACAAAACUUAAGAGUUUAAUAUUUUAAGUGGACAAUUUUUUAUAGUUUCAUUUAAAAUGUACAAAUAUUAGUAGUUCAUACUACAUGUUGUGUUUUUUUAAAUAAAUAUGAUAUUUCCAAAAUAGGUUGGUAGGUCACUCUUAAAUAAUGCAUUAGAUUGUAGUGGAUGGGUCAAUAUACUAUCAAUAUGUAUGCAAUUCUUAUUUUAUUUGUGAACGUUUUCACCAUUUUAACAGUUAUUAAAAUGAAUUAAAAAUUAAUAUGUAUAGUUUGUGGUGGGUAGAUAUCAAAAAGGUUAAAUUGCGCACAAUUAUUUGUAUUGUUUUUAUGUGUAUAUAGUUAUACUAUUUCAUUUACAGGUGUUCUUUGUUUGCUUUUUUUCCUGGUUAAAAAAUCUAUAACUGGGUAUCGUUAUUUUUAUUUAGGCCGAGACACUUAUAAAGUAUAUAUUAUUAUAAAACCUUUGUAGAGUAGGGGCGAUAGUUCACAUUAUUUAUAUCUAUAUUAUAAGCACGCAACCACCUAACGACCCCACAAGUUGUGCGUGUUGGCCUAACCGGGAAUGUCAUUAUUAUUUAAAUGUAUGGUUAUGUAUUACAUCAAACUAUUCGAACUUUAAAUGUAUUUUUUUUAUUUUUACUGAAAAUGUACUUCAAUUUAAAAAAUUCUCUCGCUGCCAACAUUAAUUUGUUGACUUAUCAUGUAAAACAACUUAUAAGCUUAAAAUAAAAUAUUUCAUCAAAUUAAUUGUUACACAUGUUAAAGAAAAUGUUAUAUGCUUCCAAACUUGUAAAAUUUAAAACUUAGUUGGUUUAUAUAUCAUCCAAAAAUAUUAUUUAUCAAUCUUAAAAACUGAAAGUCUUAUUUUAAAAAUUAUUUAUUUUCUUCUUUUAUUGUGGUCUGUCAUUUUCUUAACUUGAUUUAUUAUUUUAGAUUUUAGAUUCAGAACAUAAUGAGAAUGCAUUUACUAGUAUAAUUAUUUUUUCUAAUGUCAUUUGGGUUGUAGGUUUCAUCAUUAGGCCACCUUGUUUAGGUAAAAUAAUAUAAAUAAAUGUUUAUUUCAUAGUUGUGUAAGAGUUAGUCAUAUUGACGCUAACAGUAUGUACUUACUUCAACAAACUAAAUAAUAAACUUUUUAAGUUUGAAUAUUUAAAAGCUUAUUUCACCAGCACUUCUACUUGAAAAUUUUUAAUUUUCAACUUUUUUAUACAAUUUUAUACACGCCUCAAAACACGAUUUUUCUAUGCGCGUAAUAAGGAAAUGUUUCCCAAACAUUGCCAAAUUCUGAUCAAAUAUAAUUAUAUUAUAAAUAUAUAUAUAUAAAGUAUAUAUAUAUAUAUUGUUUUGUACAAUCUUCAAAACUCCCAACUAAUUCCUUUAGAAAUACUGUUUAUAAUAAAUGCACAAUUAUAAAUAUGAUAUUUAAUCUUUAAUCUUGUAUACAUGAAAUUAAGUUUAUAAACAUUACCUACCUGCAUAAGUAUUUGGAUUUCUGUUACAGCACCUAGAAAGUAUUUGUGAUAAAUUAAUUUCAACUGUGCACGUGUGAAUAUCUUAUUUUGUGACUCUUCGUUAGGUUAGAUUCGUUAAUUGUUUGGAUAUUGAUGUAUUUAUAAAGCGUUGGUGUCUUAGUGAGCUAACCUGACUCCCAAAAACCAUUGAUGACUGGUUUCAUGUGUACAGAAAAGUAUACAAAGUGUUUAAUUUAUAUAAUGAGUUGUACAAAUAAAUUUCUCUAGUGCUGGAGGAAAAAUUUCCAGUCACGCGCAUUGAAAAGCUGUGUUUUCUUGUGUUUUAAGGAUUGUACAAAACAAAUUUUUUUUCUGUAUAAAAUUGCACAAAAAAAAAAGUAUUUUAUACCUUCAAGGUUUGGUAUUGAAAUUUGAAAUUAGUAGUGGUAGCAAAAUGGACCUAAUAUCUUAUAUCUUUACCUUUUAUCUUUCUUACCAUAGAUUUUAAAUUCUGAAUGGAGCGAAGAAACUGAUUAAAAUGUGUAUAAACAUAAAUAUAAUUCUUGUGCCUUUAAAAAGUUCAAACCUACUAACCUUCUCUUAGGGGGUUGAUCUACCAACUCCUGAUUUGUUUGUAUGUUGGCAAAAAUCUUGAAAACUACUUUACCUAUUUUGAUAAAUCUAAACUUUUUUGUUUAAUUUCUUAUCAUUGUUAUGGCAACCAGUCAGUUAGUAAAAAAAAAUUUGACUUUAGUGAUGGAGCUCUACCACUCAUGUGUUUUUUAUAUAUUUAAAUAAUUACUACCAUAAUUUAUGUUUUAAAACAUUAUUUCAGCUGUACAAAAUAGAACGUGAAGAAGUUAAGAAGCCAUCUCUAGUUGAUAGAAUAUUUAAACAAGCUUUACGUGAAUUUAAGGAAAAUCUUAUAGCCACUUAUAGUAUGGCUAAUAAACAGGGAAAUGGCCAAGUACUGAAUAUUAAAUACAAAGAUUUGAUUGCCAACUUCUUACACGUAAAAUAUAUAUAAUAUAAAACUGUUGAAUACAAAUAUAUGUUAAAUAAUUGUUUAGGUUAUUGAAACUGUGUGUGGUAAUGAAAAAAUUCAAGAUGAUUUUCCAGUGACACUUUGUGUUAAUGCAUUCCGCGGUUUUAUGAAUGAGUUUAUGAAUCAGAAUAGAGUUGAUACUGAAAAGCCCAGUAAAACCAAACGUAAAAAAGAAAAAAAACAAAAGUCUGAAGAUCAUAUUAUUCACGGAGGUCACGUGUUACAAAUGAGUAUGAUAAAUAUUCCUACAGCUUGUGAAGUUUGCACUUCAUUCUUUUUGUGGCCAAUUGAAAGGAGUUUGGUGUGCCGAAGUAACUUCAAAUUUAACAAUAAAUUUAAAAACAUCCUCUUUCAUAUUGUACAAUUUAUAUUUAGAUUGUAAAUUGACGUGCCAUAAAAAAUGCUAUCCUCGUGCAAACCAAGAAUGUGUAAAAGAUAUGAAUUCUGGUGGUAAUAUGCAAUCCAAAGGUAUUUGUAUGGUUAAAGGAAAAGUUUUUGGGCGUCCCUUAGGAGAAUUAGAUCUAAGCAAGGGUAAGGUACCAGCUAUUGUUGAAGGACUUAUAACUUUUAUUGAAAUUCAUGGAAUGUAUAAAGAAGGCAUUUAUCGUAAACCUGGGGUAAGUUUGUAAAUUAAAUUACUAAUUAGAUCAAUUUGCAAUGGUUAGUUCCAAAUAAUUAAUAAUAAUGGAUAAUGUAUUUUAUCUUAGCUUACAACACGUGUUAAUGAACUAAAAGAACUCAUUGAUAACAAUGAUGUAAGCAAAAUUGAAUUAGAAAAAUAUCAGGUAAAUUGGUUUUUAUUAAUUUUCAAAACAUAAAAACAAAACUGUUAAUUAUAAGAUUUAAAAUUCAUAUAACAGGUUCAUGUAUUAGCCAGUGUAUUGAAGUCAUUUUUACGUGAAAUGCCAGAACCAUUGCUUACAUUUGAUUGUUAUGACGAUUUUAUUCGUGCUGCUAGCCUCUCUGAAGAUCGUGUCUCAACAUUAUUUAACAUUUUAAAAAAAUUACCAAAAGUGAAUUAUGAUUUAAUGGAGAGACUCGUUUUUCAUCUCGCAAGGUAUUUACAUAAUAAAUGCUUCUAAUUAUAUAUUUAAUUACAUAACUAUAUCCAUAUAGGGUCGCAUUGCAUGAAAAUGUGAACCGCAUGAAUGCUAGUUCAUUGGCAAUUGUAUUUGCACCGUGCGUACUUAGAACAAAUAAAUUAGUUCCUGCACAAGAAUCACUGAGGGAUAUAGAACAACAAACUCUUUGCAUCAGUUCUAUUAUAAGCCAUCAAAUGAAUAAGAUUGAGUCAACUAUGGCUGAUAUCAAUACAUUAGAUACUGCUCAUCACACAGCCACACAUCGGUUGUCUUCUUUGCGCAUUUCUAAAGUAUGUAACUGGAUGAAAAUUAUUGUUUAAAAAUUUUAAUUUAAAAUGUUUUUUCAGGUGUAUGGACCAACUGAAGGCCCAAUUAAAAUGGAUGAAGAAGAAAAAAUGUUAGUUGGACAAAUAGAAGAAAUAAAAAAAGAGAAAGAGAAAUUGACAAUCUAUCUGCCAAGUUUAAGGCGUACAAAUUCAGAUGAUGAUCUUUUAUCAACUGAUGAUGGAAGUUUAGAUGAUGUUAAUGCAAGUUAGUUUUCAACUUUGCUCUUCUCAUUGCUAGUAACUCUUCUGCUUGUCCGUUAUCUUUUCACCCCUAAACUGUUAAACAAAACAUUUAGAAAGGAAAUAGAUCAAGGAAGAACUUUAUAGGUUAGGUUUUUUUUUGAACCUUUGAAACCUUUUUGUCUAAUAAUUAAUACCUAAAUUGGGUUAAAUUGUACUGAAAGUUGUACUAAGUGGUUAAAAAAAAACUUUUUAACAUCUAACAUGACAUUUCAAAAAUGUACAACAAAAUUUCGCUCGGAAUCGUUUAUUAUAGUUACAUAGAUAUAAAUUAAAUUAAAACCAUGGUGGACAGCUAGCAUGAAUAUAAAAUCGUUAGAUGUUUAAAUGAUAAAUUAAAUUAUUUAUUUUAUAAAUAUUUUUCAAAAAAAUUAAAUCAUACACCUUUUUUGAGAACUACUUUUAUCUGAUGUCAUUUAUAUCAACUGUAUUAUCAUUUUAACUUUGGUUCUAAAAAGUUGAAAAUGAUACCAUGUAUUCCAAUAAUGAAUUAUUAUCUUAGUUCGUUUUAAUUAUUUACCAUAUUAUAUCUGUUCAAUUAUUUCAGGUACACUUGGUAGUCGUAAAACUAAAUUAAAAAAUACUACAAAAAAAGCCAAGCGUUCAAAUAAUAAUACAUUAGACAGUGAUGAGGAUCCAAUUAUGGUUUGA